AACAUAACGACAACAAUCUCGGCCAGCACUUCAAGAUGGGUCGCCUCACAGAAUACCAGGUCAUCGGCCGCCAUCUGCCCACCGAGGCAAACCCAGCGCCAAAGCUGUACCGCAUGCGCAUAUUUGCGCCUAACACUGUGGUCGCCAAGUCCCGCUUCUGGUACUUCUUGAUGAAGCUCCGCAAGGUCAAGAAGGCCAACGGUGAGAUCGUCAGCUUGAACGUGAUCCACGAGAAGCGCCCUCUCAAGGUCAAGAACUUCGGUAUCUGGAUCCGUUACGAUUCUCGUUCCGGCACCCACAACAUGUACAAGGAGUACCGUGAGAUGUCGAGAACAGAUGCUGUUGAGGCUCUCUACCAGGAUAUGGCUGCGAGGCACAGAUCUCGUUUCCGCUCCAUUCACAUUCUCAAGGUCAUUGAGCUUGAGAAGACCGACGACGUCAAGCGCCCUUACAUCAAGCAACUUCUCACCAAGGACCUCAAAUUCCCUCUUCCUCACCGUGUUUCCAAGGCCGCUGGCACCAAGCUGUUCACCAGCAAGCGACCAUCCACUUUCUACUAAAGGAGCAAUACUGGAAGGAGGGCUGGAUCGGGAUAGAUUGAGAUGGUCUUUUAAUGCAAACCAGUUGUCAUUCUAGCUUUCGCGUUAAAUACAGAUCUCGAGGCUCGAUCCACGAUGGGACAAUGAAACAUUUGAAAGUAG